UACGCACUGCGAGAGUCUGUGUGACGCCAUAAAAAAAGAAUUUUAAGCUACUGUUAUUUUAUUUUUAUUUACAUGUAUACGUUAAAUAGAAACGCAUUAAUAAACUUGUUAAUUAUUAAGUCUAACUUUAUGUCGUGGUCUAUUUUAAUGAAUUCAAUAUUAACUGUGCAUUCCAAAUGUCGUGUAGGAUUUUAUCCUAGGAGUAAUUUAAAAAGAUUUCCUGUUCCAGAUGACAAAGUCGACUGGUCUACCGAGUAUAAACAAUAUAAUCCUCCUAAUUACACAUUUCCAGGCUUACAUGGAAAACCAUAUGCAGAUCCAGAAAUCGGUGAUCCUAACUUUGAACCUUUAUGGAAUAGCAUUGAUGGCAAUAUAAGUAGAGUGAGUUACAAUGGACCAUAUCACAUUGUCAAUGGUUUCCCUUUAAACCCUCUGGGACGUACUGGUAUCUGUGGUCGAGGUGUUUUAGGACGAUGGGGUCCUAAUCAUGCUGCAGACCCAAUUAUAAGUCGUUGGAAAAGACUUGACAAUGGAAAUAUGGCUGUGGGUGUAAAUAAUAAACCUAUAUUACAAUUUAUAGCUAUAAAACGGGGUGACACUGGAGAGUGGGCUAUACCAGGUGGUAUGGUGGAUCCUGGUGAAAAAGUUAGUGAGACUGCUAUAAGAGAAUUUAAAGAAGAAGCUCUUAAUUCAUUAAGCCUGACAGAUAAGAUACAAUGGGAGAAAGAAAUAGAUGAAUUCUUUAGUGAAGGUGAAGUAAUAUAUCAAGGUUAUGUGGAUGACUGUAGGAAUACUGACAAUUCUUGGAUUGAGACCAUAGCAUACAACUUCCAUGAUGAGAGUGGUUUAACUGUUGGUUUAUUAAAACUUCAUGCGGGAGAUGAUGCUGUAGGAGUACGUUGGGUUGACAUUACUCCUGACUUAAAACUGUAUGCAAGUCACACAGAAAUUGUUAAUUCAGUUUUAAAAUUAAGAAUAAAAAAUUGAAACAAAAAA